AUGGAACCAAACUUGGCAACAAUUAUCACUAUGAAAAGAAACGGCUCUCUGCCACCCACAUUGUAUGUGCAAGCUGACAACUGUGCUAAAGACAAUAAGAACAACUAUGUCCUCAUGUUUCUGUGCCAACUUGUAAAAGCAAAGAUAUUUAAAAAGGUUAAAAUGAGCUUUCUCAUGGUUGGACAUACGUACGAGGAUAUCGACCAGAUGUUCAGCAGAAUCAGCUCCAAAUUAAACAGAACAAAUGCACAAACUUUGCCAAAGUUGCACCAGGCAAUACAAGAAAGCUUCCAACCUGAACCAGCUGUAGAGCACCUGCAGAGCCUUUGGCAUUUUAAAGGACAGUACCAAGGUUUACCAAAACUCACUGGGAUUAAGUGUCCACAUGUUUUUAAAUUCAAACUUGGACCAGAUGAUCUAGUCCAUGCAUCCAUCAAAGAUUGGCCUCUCAGUGAAGAGGCAUAUAGGACUAUUAUUGUGCCUCAUAUUCCAGAUUUCCCCAAUAUUCUUAAUGUCAUAGAGCCAAGAAGAGAAAAGGUUCUCCCUAUAUUGAGAUCACUGCAGCAGGACAUUCCAAAAUACAAAUCAGCUGGCCGUCUUGGGGAAGAUGACGCUCUUUGGUGGACAAGAUAUCUGGAAGGGAUCGAAUUGAACGAAAGAACAGUACCAUCUAUUCCUCUGCCUAGUAUUCUACCGAAAUUCCGUGAAGAUGCCAGACCAAGACCUUCAAUCCUAGACAGUUCCCUGAGAGAUGCUUUAAACCAGCAAAUUUUGAAACUGCAACAUGUGUCAGACCAAGACCUUCAAUCCUAG